UUUUUAUUUUUCUCUUUUGUUUAAACUCUUCCCUCCUGUCCGUUGUCCAGAGCUCUGACUAAACCCUAGCUAAACCUCGAACUAUUAACACUGAAAUUCAGAGUUUCACACUUUCACUACCUUCUGGUGAUGGAGAUAGACAGAGGCGAUGGUCGAACGGCGAACCAGCUCAGGCCACUGGCUUGCUCCCGUGGCGUCCUCAACCGUGCCCAUGGCUCCGCCAGUUGGUCCCAAGGAGAGACAAAAGUUCUGGCUGCAGUUUAUGGACCCAAGGCUGGGACGAAAAAGAAUGAAAAUCCUGAAAAGGCUUGCAUCGAGGUCAUCUGGAAGCCCAAAACGGGGCAGAUUGGUAAACAGGAGAAGGAGUGUGAGAUGAUAGUGAAGAGGACUUUGCAAAGCAUUUGCCUUUUGACGGUUCAUCCAAAUACUACAACAUCUGUAAUAAUUCAGGUUGUGAAUGAUGAUGGUGCUCUUCUUCCCUGUGCAAUAAAUGCUGCGUGUGCUGCUCUUGUAGAUGCUGGAAUUCCUUUGAAGCACCUUGCUGUUGCAAUUUGUUGCUGCCUGGCAGAGAGUAAAUAUGUUGUGCUGGACCCUGACAAGUUAGAAGAGCAGAAAAUGAAAGCAUUUGUAUAUCUGGUUUUCCCAAACUCCCCGCAUUUGGCCCUCCCCAAAGAAUCGUUGCAGGCGGGAGGUGAACCUAUGGAAUGCGGGAUUAUAACAUCUGUUACGCAUGGCAAAUUGGAAGUCGAUGAUUACCUCCUGUGUCUGAAUCGAGCGCGUGCUGCCAGUGAGAAGCUAUCAGAGUAUCUGAGAAGAAGCUUGAUUGCAGUCCCAGUUGGGAAAUGAAUCUUGUAAUUAAAGCUGGUGUGGAGUUGACAGAUAGAUAAUGGAAUCUCAACGACUGCAAGAAAGAAUCUGUUGGAUUCCUUUUCUUAACUGCUGCUUAGCUUGCUGACAAACGCUAGUAGAAUAUAUGGCUGUGUGAAAGGUUUUUGAGUUAGGUUGGGUGUCGGGUGGUAUUGUAUCAUCCCAUUCGCAUAAUCUUGUUGUUACAUCAUGUUCAGAACAUGCUAGCUUGCAUUAGUCUGACUAAAUUUUCAUUUGUUCAUAAUUACAAUAUUUAUUUGAUUUUGGUUUACUUUAAAUCACUCAUUUGUAU